CGUCGAUUUCAAAACGGGACCAGGAAGCCAAACGAAAUCCUCUUUACUUUACCGGUCUUUCCAUCAUUACAUACAGGGAGAAAGAGAGAGAGAAAUGAGUUCGGUAUCUAUUGGUUUUUCUGCCGUGCGGUCUUUGGAUCAUUCUUGUUUUACUCCUCUAUAUGCUUUGUCUUCUUCCCCAAGUAAGGAAGUAGCCGGAGGGGUUUUCCGGAGAUGGAAGGAAGGGGGAAGUGGCAGCCUUUUGGUGUUGGCGUCUGCUGCGGUGGAAGAGAGCGGCCCAGGAAUGGAUUACGCUGAAACGAACUGGAAGGAUCAGUUCCAGGAGGAUUUCGAGAGGCGUUUUGAUCUGCCUCACCUCACCGACUUAUUCCCGGAUCUGACUCCGAUACCUUCCACCUUUCGUCUCAAGAAAAGGAGUCCAAGCAGUGAUGAUUAUGUGAAUGGUUAUUUAUAUCGGGAACAGUACAAUGGUUAUAUCAACAAUGAUGACAGGGUUCUUCUUAAGGUCAUAAAAUAUUCUUCUCCGACUUCGGCUGGUGCUGAGUGCAUUGAUUCGGACUGUACAUGGGUAGAGCAAUGGAUCCAUCGAGCAGGACCAAGAAAGGAAAUAUUUUUCAGACCAGGUGAUGUGAAUGCUGCAAUAGUGACAUGUGGAGGACUCUGUCCUGGGCUGAAUGAUGUUAUUCGACAGAUAGUUAUAACACUUGAAAUGUAUGGCGUGAAAAAGAUAGUUGGGAUACCUCAUGGCUACAGAGGUUUUUCUGCAGAAGAACCUGAAAUACCGCUUUCAAGGAAAGCGGUGCAGACCAUUCACUUAAGCGGCGGAAGUAUAUUGGGAGUUUCACGAGGAGGUCCUGACAUUGAGGAAAUUGUCAACAUUAUACAGGCGAGAGGUAUAAACAUGCUCUUUGUAUUGGGCGGUGAUGGGACACAUGCUGGUGCAAAUGCAAUGCACAAGGAGUGCAAUAAAAGGCGGAUUAAAGUGGCCGUUGUUGGCGUCCCUAAAACAAUUGACAAUGAUAUCCUAUAUAUGGACAGGACCUUUGGUUUUGACACUGCUGUGGAAGAGGCACAAAGAGCAAUAAAUUCUGCAUACAUUGAGGCUCAUAGUGCCUAUCAUGGCAUUGGUAUUGUGAAACUGAUGGGAAGGAGCAGCGGAUUUAUAGCUAUGCAUGCAUCAUUAGCUAGUGGACAAGUCGAUGUUUGUUUGAUCCCAGAGGAUCCAUUUACUCUGCAUGGUCCAAAUGGUGUUCUGAGACAUCUAAGGUAUCUUGUUCAGACUAAGGGGUCAGCUGUGGUAUGCGUUGCUGAGGGUGCCGGCCAAGAUUUGCUUGAGAAGGCAACUGGAACAGAUGCAUCUGGGAAUAAAAUUCUCAGCGACAUUGGUAUACAUGUUGUUCAAGAGACAAGAAAAUACUUCAAAGAAAUUGGUGUUCCGGCCGACGUGAAGUACAUCGAUCCCACAUAUAUGAUCCGUGCCGUCCGGGCUAAUGCUGCUGAUGGCAUCCUAUGCACUGUACUUGGGCAAAAUGCUGUUCAUGGUGCAUUUGCUGGGUUUAGUGGCAUUACAGUUGGUGUAGUCAAUACACAUUAUGCUUAUUUUCCAAUACCUGAAGUAAUUUCGCAUCCGAGACUUGUCGACACCAACAGUCGAAUGUGGCAUCGAUGCCUAACAUCUACAGGGCAGCCAGAUUUCAUAUAAUCGAUUAUUUGUCCAAACAUUCUUUGGUGAUAUGAUUCUAUAGCAGAUGCACAAGGAGUUAUACAACUUGCUCUCCAUAAAAGGAAUAAAUCAAGGAAACCAGCCAGCCCCCCUCAUAUCAAUAGAGAUUAUUGUGUGCGGACACCGGACAGAAAAGAACCGUUUGGAUUUAUCUCUGUCUACAGUAAAAACAUAGUUAUUGUAGCAGCUGCGCUUUGACUGCGCUUUUACUGUGGACAGAAAAAUCUGAACGGUUCUCUCUGCCCGGUGUCCAUGCACAAUAAAAAGUCUCAUAUCAAUCCCGUGUUUUUGUUCCCUUGCUGAUUUAAUAAUUAGUUUCUCUUAUUUUAUGCAUAAUAAUGGGGCAAAGGACUGCUGUAUAAAUUAGUUUUGGAGAGUUAAGGUUCUUUUAGCUUUCCCCCAACAUGAAGAUUUAUGUAAAUAAAUUUGGUCUAUUAGGUUAUUUUACUUGGCUUA